AUGGCUGCACAAGGUCCCGGGCUAGGCGGGCAAAUGGGUCCGGGGCAGAUGCCCGUUUCUGUGCUUUCUGGUAUGCAUCCCCAGCAAGGAGGAAUGAUGCCACAAGGAGCCGGCGGUAUGAUACCUCAAGGAGGCAUGGUGUCUCAGCAGGUAGGAAUGCUAUCCCAGAGUGGGAUGGUACCUGUACAGCAGCAAGCAAAUCCUCAGGUACAGCCUUCAUCAAUCGGCCCUGUGGCAGGUCAACCUCAGCAGCCUGUUGUUGAGAUCGAUCCAAUCGCAAAAUUUAAAAGUCUUUUACCAAGACUUAAAGAAUCGCUUGUGAAUCUCUUUAAGACCGGUGGUCAUCUGUUUUAUCAAAACGCCACGCAAGAUGAGACAGGUGUUCAAUAUGAACAUGUCAGUGGAAGAUUUGACAAAAGUCUGGAGGAGUUCUAUGCUAUUUGUGAUCAGAUUGAGAUAUGUCUGCGUCUGGCUUAUGAAAUACUUCAACAGGACAGGGACAGUGCUAGAAAUACUCCGAACCCUGUUCUGCCACAAAAAACAGAUGCUCCCCAACCAGAAGGACAACUAUAUUCUCACUACCUGUCAACUGUCAGAGCACAGAUCAGUUGUGCUAAAGACAUCAGAGACUUGUUACAUGAAUGCCUGAAAAAUUUCCCAGAGCACAGCCAUCCUUAA